AUAUCGAUAACAGUGUGCUCUGUGACAAGCAUUAAAGUUAAGAGUGGCCAGGUUGGCAUAAAAGCCUUUUGCCAAGAACCUGCAGCACAUGCGGGUGGCCAGGUUGGCCAGGUUGGCAUAAAAGCCUUUUGCCAAGAACCUGCAGCACAUGCGGUAGUGAAAGGCACUGCCGGGAGAGUGUUGAGACGUCACAGACUGAUGCAAAAGGCCCGCAUCGAGAAGUCUACGACAUUGCGAAUAUCCAGGGUAUAUUCAGAAGAUCGAAAAGAUGAUAAUGAGAAAUAA